AUGCCGGUGCUGAUCAUGUAUGCAUACUACAUCAGGAACAUGAUGGACGACGUCCUCAUCUCGAAUUUGCCCCCUGUCCUCCUCAGAUCGGCCUUGAGGACGCUCAUCUCACAAGGAGCCGCGGCCCAGCGCCCCUUCGUCGAGCACAUCCGUACACAGCUACUCGAGUCACCGCCGGCCUUCACCGAUGCGACCGUCCUGUUCCCCCCGGGGAAUGAUGGCCUCGUCACGCAGGAAUGCGUGCGGUACAUCGCCUCGACACGGUGCCUCUUCUCGAGCAAGCUCGCCAAGGCCGCACUGCCAUACCUGGCCCAUUUUGUGAAUUGCUUGCGGGAGGCAAGAGCACGGUGGGUACCUGGGGAUGACCUCGACAGAGUUCUCGGCCAAGUCUCGGGCGAUAUCGUGCAGGCCAUCCAGGCACUCAAAGAGUCCAGGCCUGAGGCGACGUCCGCUCUGUUUGAUGACCUACAAGGUCUUCUGACUGGCUUUGAGGCUAUCUCCAGCUACUGCUCCAGCGCCACCCCCCAAGCCCUGGGAUAUCCAUUCACCAGGGCAGAGAGGCAGGUCCGAGAUGUCAUCAGCUUUCUGCACCCGGAAGCCGCGACUUCGCCUCCGUCUUCCCGAGCAACGAACAUCAUCAGCGUACGCGCCGAGAAGCGACGUGUGGAUAUAGAGACGUUCCAGCUCGGGCCGCAUUGCAUGCCACGUGUGUUCAACGGGCUCUGGCAGCUCUCCUCUCCCGCAUGGGGCAGCGCAAGCGUAGAGAGCCAGGAAGCGGCCCUUGCUGAGCUCGUAGAGCUUGGCCUAAGUACUGCUGACAUGGCAGAUCAUUACGGCGACGCCGAGCUGAUCUAUGGGGAUUUCCGCAGCCGGCUACCAGCUGACAUGCGCGAUGCGGUCCACGCGGCGACGAAGUGGUGCGUCUUUGGUCCUAGCGGCCAGCCGGUGACCACGCAAUAUGUCCUGCAGGCUGUCAAGGAGAGAUCGCGACGGCUCGGUGGCCGGGUUGAGCUCCUGCAGUUCCAUUGGCACGAUUACUCUUCAAAGGAGUACCUGGAUAUUCUCGUCGAACUCGUGAGAAUAACGCAGACGCACCCUGAACUCGUCUCAGCCAUCGGGCUGUGCAACUUCGACGCCCGGCACACGGAGGAGGCCUGCAAGUACCUCGUAGAGAAGACAGGACUAGUCGGGCUUGUAUCAAAUCAAGUCCAAUUCUCGCUUGUUGACUCGCGCCCUCUGCAGCACGUGUCUGCUGUGUGUGAGAAGUAUGGCGUCAAGCUUCUUACCUACGGGUCUCUUUGCGGCGGCUUCAUCUCGCCAAAAUGGCUUGGCCAACCCGCACCAGAACUCUAUUCAGAGACGAGCCGGCUCACACCCUCGCAACGAAAGUAUUUCGACAUGGUCCAGACCUGGGGCAGCUGGCCUGAAUUCCAGGCGCUCUUGGGGACGCUCUCCUCUGUGGCGGAGAAACACGGUGAGGGAAUCUCACUUACGAACGUCGCCUCGCGCUGGGUACUUCAGCAGCUUGCUGUCGGUGCUGUAAUCGUGGGAAAUAGGCUAGGCGUGUCGAGCCAUGCGGUUGAGAACCUCAACAUCUUCAGGUUCAAGCUGGGUCAGGAUGACAUGGCGGCCAUCAACAAGGUCGCCUUGGGUGAGGGCGGGCACAAGACACGGGCCGUGCUCGAGAAUCUAGGGGACUGUGGCAAUGAAUACCGGGCUAUGCACUAG